AUGGCAGCCCAGCCCGGCGGGGGCAAGAAGCCCUUCCACAUCGUCUCGCCCAUCCUGGAGAGCCUGCCCCUGUCCCAGGCGGCGGGCACCAAGGUCUACAUGAAGCUGGAGAACGUCCAGCCCACGGGCUCCUUCAAGAUCCGGGGCAUCGGCAACCUCUGCCAGGAGGCUGCCAAGAAGGGUUGCCGCCGCUUCGUUUGCUCCUCAGGGGGGAACGCGGGUCUGGCAGCAGCGUAUGCGGCCAAGAAGCUGGGGUUGCCGAUCACCGUCGUGGUCCCCAGCACCACCGGCCCUGCCACCGUGCGCAAGCUGGAGGAGCUGGGGGCGGAGGUGGAGGUCUCCGGCCAGGUGUGGGAUGAAGCCAACAGAAGAGCCCUGGAGCUGGCACAGACCGAGGGCUGGGUCAGCAUCCACCCCUUCGACCACCCCUUGGUGUGGCAGGGUCAUGCCAGCCUGGUCCGGGAGCUGAAGGACUCGCUGGAGACCAAACCGGACGCCAUCCUGCUGGCGGUGGGUGGCGGGGGGCUGCUGGCGGGCGUCGUGGCUGGCCUGCACCAGGUGGACUGGCAGGACGUCCCCAUCAUUGCCGCCGAGACCCGGGGGGCUCACAGCUUCCACGCGGCGCUGGCGGCCGGCCGGCUCGUCUCCCUGCCUGACAUCACUAGCGUGGCCAAGUGCCUGGGAGCCAAGACGGUGGCGGCGCGGGCGCUGGAGUGCACCCAGGAGUGCCAGGUCAUCUCCCAGGUGGUGGAGGACACGGAGGCUGUGCGAGCCGUGGAGCAGUUCCUGGACGACGAGAGGAUGCUGGUGCAGCCAGCGUGCGGGGCCGCCCUGGCCCUGCUCUACACGGGGCGGCUGCAGCGGCUGCAGCGUGAGGGGCGGCUGCGGACCCCGCUGGCCUCCGUGGUGGUGGUGGUGUGCGGGGGCAGCAGCAUCCAGGCAGCCCAGCUGCGGGCCCUGAAGAGCCAGGUGGGGCUGGAGUGA